AUGGGCAAAAUCAACCUCACAGCCCUCCGGGUGCGACAGACCGCAAUCAACCAAUUCGCCAGUGGAAAGAUCAGCAAGCUACCAAAAUGGGUUGAUGUAGUUCGCGAUAUCCCUCCCUCGGAAGUCUUAGUCCGUACCGUCCCUCAGCAACACCAGUUGGUCCGACAACGAGUGAAGACCGAUGACAACAACAAAAAUCAAGUCGUGUUCGAGGUUCAAGAGAAGCGCCGGAAGUCCAAGAAGCCUAGCCGCCUGUUCCAGCCGGUCGAGCUUAAAUAUGAGGAAGACGAGCUGCGAAAGCAGUUCUUCAAAGACCACCCUUGGGAGCUUGCCCGGCCUCGCGUGCUUGUCGAGUCCACUGGUAAAGACCACGAACGCUACGAUUGGAGCCAGCUUCGACAGCCCGGAAGGAGGCUAGAUGGUGAAAGUGUGGUUCAACGACAGCUUUAUCUCCUGGAGAACACGCCUAACAUGACCGUGAGUCGCGCGUACGAUAUUGCCCGCCAAGAAUUCUACAAGCUUCGCCUGCAAGAGGAUAUUGAGCGACGAGUUGCCGCGGAGGAGGCAGAGGCUACUGGUGCUCAGUUUGGCCCGACCUACCUGGAGAUUGGUAUGGAGCUGGAGAACCAACAGCACGAGAAGUGGAAGGACUGGGCCAGAUUGGAGGCUCAAGUCCUCGGUCAGCGAUCAGCUGCCAUCUCCGGUGCCCCGGAACUUGUAUCGGAGAAGGACACAGAGGCACAGGCUCUUGAUAUUGGGCAGCCUGAGGAGCAAUAG